UCUAGGAGCCUCACCGCGCCCCCAUUCUUGGAGAGCAAGAACAACGCAGCCCAAAAGCGAGAGAAGGGGGGCUGACUGGUGGAGGAGCGAAGCAGCCCGUUCCCACACCACACACGCCGCACCUUCGCUUCCAUCUCUCCUCGCGCGGAUCUAGCGAUGGCGGCGGGCGGCGAGCCGGCUUGGGGGGAGGCACCCGCGGGGCGGCGCCGGCCCAAGACCAAGAUCGUCUGCACGCUCGGCCCGGCCUCGCGCUCCGUCGAGAUGAUCUCGCGCCUGCUGCGCGCCGGCAUGUGCGUCGCGCGCUUCAACUUCUCCCACGGCUCCCACGAGUACCACCAGGAGACGCUCGACAACCUCCGCGCCGCCAUGGAGCAAACCGGGAUCCUCUGCGCCGUCAUGCUCGACACCAAGGGUCCAGAGAUCCGAACUGGAUUUUUGAAAGAUGGGAAGCCUGUCCAAUUGAAGAAGGGUCAAGAGAUCACAAUUUCCACAGAUUAUAGCAUUAAGGGUGAUGAGAAAAUGAUAUCGAUGAGCUACAAGAAGCUCGCAGUGGAUCUGAAACCAGGCAGUGUCAUAUUGUGUGCUGAUGGUACCAUCACUCUUACUGUGCUUCACUGUGAUAAAGAGCAAGGCUUGGUUCGCUGCCGUUGUGAGAACACUUCUAUGCUUGGUGAGAGGAAGAAUGUUAAUCUUCCAGGAGUUAUUGUUGAUCUCCCAACACUCACUGACAAGGACAAGGAGGACAUCCUUAAGUGGGGUGUCCCAAACAAGAUUGACAUGAUUGCCUUGUCAUUUGUUCGCAAGGGUUCAGAUCUUGUGGAGGUUAGAAAGGUACUCGGCGAGCAUGCCAAGUCCAUAAUGCUGAUGUCAAAGGUUGAGAAUCAAGAGGGAGUAGCUAACUUCGAUGAUAUCCUGGCAAACUCUGAUGCGUUUAUGGUGGCAAGAGGUGAUUUAGGGAUGGAAAUUCCUAUAGAGAAGAUUUUCUUCGCGCAGAAGGUGAUGAUUUUCAAGUGCAACAUUCAGGGCAAGCCUGUUGUUACUGCCACUCAGAUGUUGGAAUCUAUGAUCAAGUCUCCUCGCCCUACUCGAGCUGAAGCAACUGAUGUUGCAAAUGCAGUGCUUGAUGGCACCGACUGUGUCAUGCUUAGCGGUGAGACAGCUGCUGGGGCAUAUCCGGAGCUGGCUGUGCAGACUAUGGCCAAGAUCUGCUUGCAAGCAGAGUCUUGUGUUGACUAUGGUGCUGUUUUUAAAUCAAUCAUGGCCUCAGCUCCAAUUCCAAUGAGCCCAUUGGAGAGCCUUGCAUCAUCAGCUGUCCGCACAGCAAACUCUGCCAAGGCAGCGCUUAUCUUGGUCCUGACCAGGGGAGGAACAACUGCUAGGCUUGUGGCCAAGUAUAGGCCAUCCAUGCCCAUAAUAUCUGUUGUGGUUCCAGAGCUGAAGACCGACUCCUUCGACUGGACCUGCAGCGAUGAGGGGCCAGCAAGGCAGAGCCUCAUUGUGAGGGGUGUGAUCCCAAUGCUGAGUGCAGCCACUGCCAAGGCCUUCGACAGCGAAGCCACUGAAGAAGCUCUCGGUUUUGCCAUCGAGAACGCAAAGGCUAUGGGGAUAUGCAACACCGGCGAGUCCGUUGUGGCCCUGCACCGGAUCGGGACUGCAUCCGUCAUCAAGCUCUUGACUGUGAACUGGCAUCUCCCUGGCGCGCUCGCCGGGCGCGUAGUCCUCCAGGCAGACCGGGCAGCUGGCCGCGUCGUCGCCGUCGCCGCCGGCGAUCUCCACGGUUGGCAUCGCCUCGACGGCCUCCUUCUUGGCCGGCGGCGUGCCUUGGCGGCCGGCGUCACCCUCGGUCAGCUGCUGCACCAGGGCGUCGAGGCCGGUGCCGAGGAAGUAGUCGCCCAGCGCCAUGCCAUGCUCGCCGCCGCCGCCAGCGGCGCCGAUGAAGAGGCUCCGGCCGAAAGGGGUCAGCUGAUCGCCCUCGAUGGCGACGCCCGCGGCCGCCUCCAGGCGCUGCAGCUGGCGCUCCCGGAGCUCGUGCAGCAGGCGCAGGAACGCGGUGACGCGGCGCCGGCGCCGCGUGAAGUCGUGCUCGUCCCAAUGGAGCUCGGCCGGUCCGCGCCGGGGUACACCUCGGUCAACGCGCCGCCGCCUUCGCCGCCGUCGGCCGCGGCCGCGCUGCGGGCGGUCUCCAUCUCCUCGAGGAAGCCGCUGUGGCAGUGCGGGCACUUCAUCUCCGGCUCGCCCUCCGCGGGCCUCACCGCCACGGCGCACAUGUGGCACCAGUACCUCCCGGCGCCCUCCUGCUCCGCCAUUGCUGCUGAGCUCCUCGCGCUUUCCCCGCCAAUUGAACCAUCGAAUCAUACAUUCGAGAACACAGAUGCUCUCGUGACCUGCUGGCCAGGAGAGCUCGCUCUCUGCCAGGAGACCCAUGCGGAAACACUCACGCUCGACCCGCGCGUGCCUGACCGACGGACACAGAUGGCGGCGGCUCCGGCGACCGCACCGGCUCGCGCCCUCGUGUCCUCCUCCUCUUCCUCGAGCCGCGGCGUCAACUUCUUCAGUGGGACGUCCCGCCCCAACCUUGUCGCCGCCGCGGCCUCGGCUUCGGCCCCGGGAUGGCGGCGCAGGGACCCGGCGGUCUCCGUGGCGGCCGGCUCCGCUCAGUCUGCGCUAGGAGCUCUAGCCGUCGACCCCAAGGUUGACAAAUUACUAGACAGUGUGAAGUGGGACAGCAAAGGGUUGGCUGUUGCUAUUGCACAAAAUGUGGAUACUGGAGCCAUUCUUAUGCAGGGGUUUGCCAACAAAGAAGCCCUUGCCAAAACUAUAUCAACCAAGAAAGCUACAUUCUUUAGCCGCUCACGGUCUUCCUUGUGGACAAAAGGGGAGACAUCCAUGAACUUCAUCAAUGUGCAUGACAUUUUCCUUGACUGUGACCACGAUUCUAUAAUAUACCUUGGAAAGCCUGAUGGACCUACCUGCCACACAGGAGCAGAAACCUGUUAUUAUACUUCAGUUUAUGAUGCUCUACAAGGUUCGAAGCCCAACGAAAGUAGGCAGGUCACAACAACCCUGUACUCACUUGAAGAUACGAUUAGUAGACGGCAGGAGGAGGCGACUGAAGGAAGUGGCAAGCCAUCAUGGACGAAAAAAUUACUGCUUGAUAACCAGCUGCUUUGCUCAAAAAUACGUGAAGAAGCAGAUGAACUGAUUCAAACACUGCUGGAGAACGAGGACCAAUCUCGCACGGCUUUGGAGAUGGCUGAUCUGCUGUACCAUGCAAUGGUGCUGCUCAGAGUCAAGGAUGUGAAGAUGGAAGAAGUCCUUGAGGUCCUGAGGAAGAGAUUUUCGCAAUCUGGUAUCGAAGAGAAGGCCAGUCGCAAUAAAUCUUAGUGUGCUUAGAUAAUGGCAGAUGACUCCUCCAAUUCCCUAUUGUAUUCCAGCACUGGUUCGGAGUGUGAACUAUGGAAUAAUUUUGUGUUUGAUGAACA